AUGACUCUGGAGGAGGUUAAGCAGCAACGGGCUAACACUAAGAAGAGCAUUACCCGCAUCAAGAACCAAAUCGAAGCCAAUGGAAGGGGAGAAGGUAAGACACUUUCGUCAGCCGAGUUGAAGUGCCGUUUGGGGAUUUUGGAGUCGUAUUUUAAGCAGAUACUGACGUAUCAAACCCUAAUUGAAAAAUACGAUCCCGAGGACAAUGCUAGGCCCGAAAUAGAGGAUUUGUACAUCUCAGCCAAAAUGAAUAUCCAGUCGCAGCUUGGUGAAGAUGUUCAUAAUACAACAUUGUCCGAGUCCACCAUUUGUUUCCCAGCUCCCAGCCACAAAUUGCCUCAGCUGAAAUUGCCCACAUUUAGUGGUAAGUACAGUGAGUACAAAAAUUUCAUUACGUCGUUCAAUCAAGUUAUCGAUCGCGAGUUUGGCCUAUCAAAUAUUGAAAAGUUUAAUAAUUUGCUCAACUGCCUCCAAGGCCAAGCUCUAGAAACGGUCAAGGCUUUCCAGAUUACGAACGAAAAUUACCCGAAGGCUCUGGAAAGGCUCAAAACGCGUUAUGAUAAUAGCUCGCUUAUUUUUAUGGAAAAUAUUACCGCCCUUUUUGAACUUCCUGCCAUGUCCAAAUACAAUUGUGCCCAAUUACGAAGUCUCGUCGAUAAUGUUUCUGCCCUUUAUAGUUCCUUACUGUCUCUUGGCUCACAUAGUGAUAUUGCUAAUUCCAUGCUGAUUUACAUAGUGAUGGAAAAAGUGGAUGAAGAUACCAGAAGAAAGUGGAAAGAUUCCUUGGACUUUACCAGAUUGCCAACAUGGGAUGAUUGCUCCAAGGUCCUUGAAAGGCGUUGUCAAUUUUUGGAAUCGGUUGAUACCAACCAAGCCUGA